CAUCGUGGCAGCCACUGUACUUCUCAGUAACCAGGAAUCAAACGCUUGACUCACUGUGGGCUUGGUGGGGCAGAUAAAUACCUUUUUCUAUGACUAGGCUGGAGACACACCCAGGACCCCCACCAAAAGGAAGGACAGGAAAAGAGAAAUAAUUGGUAAAUACAGAAAAGGUUCCAAUAGAGAAAAGAGGAAACAGAAAACUUUGUCGCCCUGUUAUCAACAGAGACAGAGCUAACACUGGGGGACACCACACUAGAAGAAGCUCACCGGACAGGUUCGGGUAUGUGGUUCUAUUGGUGGAGGUUCUGUAUCUAAUGUGUUCAUUUGUAGUAAGCCUAAUAGGCAUGUGCCCUGGACCUGAUAGAGUGAUACGCGCUGGAGCUGUAAUGGAAAGCCAGAUACAACAGGCAGCGGUGGUUCUUGACUUGUAAUGUUGAGAACCCGUGGGACUGAAGGGAUCAUCCAUAGCCAGUAUUCGACUACCAUGGUGCCUGUGUUAUUAAUUCUUAUGGGAGCUUUGGCAACACUGCAAGCUGACUUACUUUCUCACCAAAAGUUUUUACUUCUACCACCUGUCAAUUUUACCAUUGAAGCCACUGGAAUAGCUCAAGUUCUUUUACACUGGGACCCAAAUCCUGAGCAAGAGGAAAGGCACUCGGAUCUAGAGUAUCACGUGAAAGUAAAUGCCCCACAAGAAGAUGAAUAUGAUACCAAAAAGACUGAAAGCAAAUGUGUGGCCCCCCUUCAUGAAGGCUUUGCAGCAAGUGUGAGGACCAUUCUGAAAAGCAGCCAUCCACCCCUGACCAGCAGUUGGGUUUCUGCUGAACUCAAAGCACCACCAGGAUCUUCUGGAACCUCGGUUAUGAAUUUAACUUGUACCACAAACACUGUCAUAAGUAGCCACACCCACUUAAGACCAUACCAAGUGUCUCUUCGUUGCACCUGGCUUGUUGGCAAGGAUGCCCCUGAGGACACACAGUAUUUCCUAUACUACAGGUUUGGUGUUCGGACUGAAGAAUGCCAAGAAUACAGCAGAGAUGCACUGAACAGAAAUACUGCAUGCUGGUUUCCCAGGACAUUUAUCAACAGCAAAGGGUUUGAACAGCUGGCUGUGCACAUUAAUGGCUCAAGCAAGCAUGCUGCAAUCAAGCCCUUUGACCAGCUGUUCAGUCCACAUGCCAUUGAUCAAGUGAAUCCUCCAAUGAAUGUCACAGUGGAAAUUGAAAACAAUUCUCUCUACAUACAAUGGGAGAAACCACUUUCUGCCUUUCCAGGCCAUUGCUUUAAUUAUGAAUUGAAAAUUUACAACACAAAAAAUGAUUAUGUUCAGAUGGAAAACCUGAUCACCAAUAAGUUCAUCUCAAAAAUUGAUGGUGUUUCUACAUAUUCAAUUCAAGUGAGAGCAGCUGUGAGCUCACCUUGCAGAAUGCCAGGGAGGUGGGGCGAGUGGAGUCAACCUAUCUAUGUGGGAAAGGAAAGGAAGCCCUCGGUAGAAUGGCAACUCAUUGCGAUCUCAACAGCUGUCUGCUUUGCCUUGUUAAUCUUCUCACUCAUCUGCAGAGUGUGUCACCUAUGGUCUAGGCUGUUUCCACCAGUUCCAGCCCCGAAGAGUAACAUCAAAGAUCUCCCUGUGGUGACUCAAUAUGAGAAACCUUCAAAUGAAACCAAAAUUGAAGUUGUACAUUGUGUGGAAGAGGUUGGAUUUGAAGUCAUGGAAAAUUCCAUGUUUUGAUGGCAUUCUGAAAUGAAUUCAUACAGGACUCUAUGAUAAGAGCAAGGACUGGUAUUUCUUGGCAAGGAGGUAUUUCAAAUGAACACUCAGUUUGAUUGCAAGUCAUCAACACAUCCAGAUGCAUGAGUCACUAAUGUGCCAUCUCAUAAAGUAUGCAUGCCUCACCUGAACCUCAUAGCUCACAGCACAGCAAGAGAUUCACCUGAGCAUGGACCCUAGGUUCCCUUCAGAGAGCACCAUAUUGCCUGGUUAUAUCAGUGUGUCUUUGAAAUCUGUAUGACUUACCUUGAACCUUUUUGCCCAGGAGACAGUUUUUCAAGCUAAUGCCACACAUAUUUACUUUAAGUCACCAGUGAGAGCACUCAGCUACAGUGACAGGAAGAAAGGGUGGAACUCAUCCAGAGUGAAUCCAAAAUCAAGACUGUCUUUCCUGCAGCAAGUGGGAGACACAAUUUCAUGGUGCUUUCCCCCUUUGAGUUCUAGAAUACUUUUCUUUCUAGAACUGUGCCUGUGUCUUAAGGCAUAGGGUGACAUUGAGGCAGAUGUACACACAAAUGAAGGUCGUGUCCCAUAUGUCCAUCCCUAUGUUCCAUAGGCCUGUUCAAGGAAAUGUCUAAACCAAAGUAAGCUUAAAAACAUGCACUAAUUCAUCAGACCUGAAGCUAAAAAGAUGGUUCAGAUGAUAAAGAAGCAUGAGGGCCUGAGAUUGAUCAACCAGCAUCCAGAAAACAACAACAACAACAACAACAACAACAACAACAACAUAAACAGUGCAAGCAGCACUUUCCUGUAAUCCUAGAGCUGGGAAAGAAAGACAAGAGGCUCCAUGGGGAUUGUUAUCCAGCCAACUUAGCCAAAUAGGCUUGUUCUAGGUUCACUGAGAGAAACUGUCUUAAAAAAUUUAAGAUGGAGGGUGGCUAGGCAGAUCUUCUUCUUUUUUUUUUAAUUCGAUGUAUUCUUUACUUACAUAUCAAAUGAUUUCCCCUUUUCUGGGUCCCCACUCCCAUAAGCCCUCUUCCCUCCCCCUGUUCCUCCAUCUACUCCUUCCCACUUCCCUGUUCUGGUAUUCCCCUAUACUGUUGCAUUGAGUCUUUCCAGAACCAGGGUAGGCAGAUCUUCUUGAUACUGACUUCUGCUCUCUAUAUGCAUGCACAUGUACACACACAAACACACACAUUAAAGGUAUCAUUCCCUAUUGAGAGAGAAGACAGAAGCUUGUUCAAGGAUUAUAUUCUUCAAGGCUUCUAGGUACUCUGGAAAUGAACUGAGAAGAAUAUUGAACAUAAUUCUGCUCUGGAGGUGAUUGCUGGGUGUAGAAUGUACUUCCCAAAGAGAGGUUUGAUGAAAGAGCCUUCACAGAAACCUAUUGGUCAACUAGUGCCUAAUAAACCCUAAUCUCUUUUUUUAGGGUUUCUUAUACAUAUUACAGUUGUAUAGAAAUGGAUUCUCUAAAUAUCUUUGUACAUGAAGCUGUAUCUAUAGGCCUUUUUGAUGGGCCAAACAUAGAAGCAAACACAAUUAUGUGUUGGGAAGAGGAAUAAACGGUGAUAGGAGGGACCCAAUGGUGGUGAUUUUACAUAGUCCUGAAGAGCUCAAGACAGUGAAAGAAGAAAAGGCUCUUCAAGUCCACACCAUAGCUCCUUUUAAAUAUACUUUAUAGAGAUGGUUUAGUCAGUUUUCCUAAUCUGGAUGAAGUGCACAGGGAGUACCAAGUAUCCCUUCCAUGACUUUUAUGCAUUCGCAUAUAACCAUCCACCAUUUUGUGUUCAGAAUGAAAGGUACGGCAGUUAUGGACAACUGCUAAUACUGGAUCUUUUCUAAAGGGUCAGAGCACCAUACAAGAUUCUUGGUACUGUCUCUCUGCUCUUUAUAAGUCUGUACUGUGUCACAGUCAUAUAUAUUACUGUACCUCCCCAUUAAUGAUACAAUAAAUGGGGAUGAGAAAGGUCAAUUGCUAGGAAAGGGUAUAGUAGUAAGACUCAGAGGAGCUCAGUAACACAGAGGAGAUUGGCACAUAAAAGCUGAAGUUAGCAUUAGGGGUCAGACCAGAAAGUUGAGGCUCAUGGAAGUGUUGCUAUAUGAGGCAAAGCAUUUAUUUGAUCAACUAACUAUCCAAGAAUCUAUCAGAAUGGUACUAAAGACUCUAUAAUGGACACUGGUCUGACUGAGCAGGUCUGGGGUGGAGUCAAGAAUUUUCAAUAUUAGUAAUUCACACUUGGAUAAAUUAUUAGAAACAUCACAACGUGGAAGGUGCCUGAUGAAAGAAUAACAGAUGGAAAUGACCAACCCCAAUUCUUUGUCUCUUGUCUUGCAAACAAAGCAUAUACACACCAUUUGGGAAACCUACCUUUAUCUUGGAGGCUGGACCAGAGGAGGGAGUAGGGGAGCUGCCCUCAUACAAGGCCAGUUGUUCAUUUUAUGUGUAAAGUUCUCAUUUGAGCGAUGCCUCCCUAGACCUAGAAGCCAGGACUCCACUGGGUAUCACAGAUCUCCUGACCCCAUACCUGACUGGUGCUAUCAUCUAAUCAGGGUGCAUGUACAAUAAGAAAUACAAAUAGUUCCUGUGGCCGUGUCAA